GAGGCUGGAGGGCUGAGACGAGAGGACCGUGGACUCGAAUUCCGGAGGACCGUGGACUCGAAUUCCGGAGGACCGUGGACUCGAAUUCAGGAGGACCGUGGGCUCAAAUUACUCUUCUGCUGCGCCAGGGAAUCGCUUACGCAUUUCCGUUGGACGAUCGUCGCCGAAGGAUUGAAGCCAUGGGGUCGCUAGCGGCGAAGAAUGUCCCGGCCUGCCUCAAGUAUUUCUUCUUUGGCGUCGCCGUCACCACUCUGCUCGGCGGCGUGUUCCUGGCGAUCGUGGGCAUCGCGGCGGUCGCGCACGAAUCGCUCGUCCCGACGGAGGAAUUCGAGUUGAAUCCGGAGAUACUCCGGGUGGCGGGAGUCGUCCUCAUCAUGCUCGGUGCGGCCGCUGCCGCCCUCUCGGUCUUCGGAUGCCUCGGA